AUGGCAAACCACUCCCAACUAGGAUUCCAAGAUGCCUCAUCUCCCAUCAUAGAAGAACUUGUAGAAUUUCAUGACCAUGCCCUAAUAGUAGCACUAGCAAUCUGCAGCCUAGUACUCUACCUGCUAACCCUCAUACUUACCCAAAAACUCUCAUCAAACACCGUAGAUGCCCAAGAAGUAGAACUAAUCUGAACAAUCCUCCCAGCUAUCGUCCUAGUCCUACUCGCCCUCCCAUCACUCCAAAUCCUCUAUAUAAUAGACGAAAUUGAAGAGCCAGACCUUACCCUAAAAGCCAUUGGACAUCAAUGAUAUUGAUCCUACGAGUACACUGACUUCAAAGAUCUAUCAUUUGACUCCUAUAUAACUCCAACAACGGAUCUACCACAAGGCCAUUUUCGCCUACUAGAAGUAGACCACCGCAUUGUAAUUCCAAUAGAAUCCCCCAUCCGAAUUAUCAUCACCGCCGAUGACGUCCUUCACUCUUGAGCUGUACCAACCUUAGGGGUAAAAACAGACGCCAUUCCAGGACGACUAAACCAAACCUCCUUCAUCACCACUCGACCAGGAGUAUUCUACGGGCAGUGCUCAGAAAUCUGCGGAGCUAACCACAGCUACAUACCUAUUGUAGUAGAAUCCACCCCUCUUAAACACUUCGAAACCUGAUCCUCCCUCCUAUCAUCUUAA